GACGGGAGGGUAGGGGAGUAGGGUUGCGGCCCAAAGUAGCCAAGAAGUGAAAGCUGAACUGCGGAAUUCCUGGGGAAAAAAAGCCUGUCCCAUUUACCUCAACCUAAAAAUAGACAAGAUCUGUUCACACGCCAGCUUUGUGGGAAACUUCCUUUACUGUCCAGUGUCAGCAGCAGUACAGACCAUCAAGCCUCCGAGAAACUGGACGGACAACUAUUGCUCCAGCAGCUUCCGUACAAGAUGGCGCUCCUCGUUCUCACGCGUCCCUCGGGCUACAUCCGUCGGUCCGGCCACAGGACCGGAAGUGGUUGCGAACCUAGCGGAUCCGGGUGGGUGUGCGCAGGCGGUCACGGAGGUUCCAGCUCUUGAAGCGUGAGGUGCCGCAGGUGUUGGCGCCGGGAGCGAGGCCGCAGAUUGUGGGCCUAGUGAUGUGUUUUCCUGAACAGUAGAGUCCAAGAUGUCGAGGCCCAACUUCGUGGCUUUGACCGUGACCACCCUUCUGGGUGUGGCUGUGGGAGGAUUUGUCCUGUGGAGAGGCAUACAGCAGCGGUGGAGAAAGACAAGCCCUGUGACCCAGCAGCAGCAGCAGCAGGUGCACGUUCAGGAGGAGGAGCAGCCGCAGCAGCAGCAAGUGCCGGGCAGUGGGGAACCGCCCACUCCAGCAGAAGACCAGCCGCACUCCCGCCCCCCCAGAACCUCCUGGGAGGACAGGAUCCUCCAAGGGAAGGUGGUGGUAGUGUCGCAGGAGGCAGAGUGGGAGCAGAUCGAGCCCGUGCUUAGGAGCGACUUGGAAGAUUUUCCAGUUCUUGGAAUUGACUGUGAGUGGGUGAACUGGGAAGGCAGAGCCAGUCCUCUGUCACUCCUGCAAAUGGCCUCCCCAAGUGGCCUCUGUGUCUUGGUUCGCUUGCCCAAGCUGAUGUAUGGAGGAAGAAUGCUACCAAGAACAUUACUAGACAUCUUGGCAGAUGGCAGCAUUUUAAAAGUUGGAGUGGGAUGUUCGGAAGAUGCCAGCAAGCUUCUGCAGGACUACGGCCUCGCAGUCAGGGGCUGCCUGGACCUCCGCUACCUGGCAGUGCGGCAGAGAAGCAAUUUGCUCUGUAACGGGCUUAGCCUGAAAUCACUCGCCGAGACUGUUUUGAACUUUCCCCUUGACAAGUCCCUUCUACUUCGUUGCAGCAACUGGGAUGCUGAGACACUUACAGAGGAACAGGUGACGUAUGCCGCCAGGGACGCUCAGGUGUCGGUGGCUCUCUUUCUGCAUCUCCUCGGAUACUCUGUGUCGAGGAAUUCUGCCGUACGAGAGAGCGAUGACCACACUGGCUGGAGGGAAGUCCUGGAGAAAUGUCGGCACAUGGUAGACGUCCCGUUCCGCAGCAAAGCGUUCAGCAGAUUGGGAGAAGAGGUUAACGGGGAAGCCACGGAGUCGCCGCAGAAGCCAAGAAAUAAGAAGGCUAAGAGUGAUGGAGCAGUGCCUGGCAGCCAGCAAGGGAGAGACCCCAGAAGACAUAAGAGAAAGCCCUUGGGCGUGGGCUAUUCAGCCAGGAAAUCACCUCUUUACGAUAACUGCUUCCUUCACGCUCCUGACGGACAGCCUCUCUGCACCUGUGACCGAAGAAAAGCCCAGUGGUACCUCCACAAAGGCAUUGGAGAACUGGUGAGCGAAGAGCCGUUUGUGGUGAAGCUCCGCUUUGAGCCCGCGGGCAGACCUGAAUCCCCGGGAGACUACUACCUGAUGGUCAAAGAGAACCUGUGCGUGGUGUGUGGCAAGCGGGACUCCUACAUCCGGAAGAACGUGAUUCCCCACGAGUACCGCAAGCACUUCCCCAUCGAGAUGAAGGACCACAACUCGCACGACGUGCUGCUGCUCUGCACCUCCUGCCACGCCAUCUCCAACUACUACGACAACCACCUGAAGCAGCAGCUGGCCAAGGAGUUCCAGGCCCCCAUUGGCUCCGAGGAGGGCUUGCGCCUGCUGGAGGACCCCGAGCGCCGGCAGGUGCGUUCCGGGGCCAGGGCCCUGCUCAACGCCGAAAGCCUGCCUGCACAUCGCAAGGAGGAGCUGCUGCAAGCACUAAGAGAGUUUUACAACACGGACACCAUCACGGAGGAGAUGCUGCAGGAGGCCGCCAACCUGGAGACCAGGAUCUCCAAUGAAAACUACGUCCCGCACGGGCUCAAGGUGGUGCAGUGUCACAUCCAGGGUGGCCUGCGCUCCCUCAUGCAGCUGGAGAGCCGCUGGCGCCAGCACUUCCUGGACUCCAUGCAGCCCACACACCUGCCCCAGCAGUGGUCGGUGGAUCACAACCAUCAGAAGCUGCUCCGGAAAUACGGGGAUGACCUUCCGAUCAAGCUGUCAUGAGCGCUGCCCCUGCCCAGGUUAGGACGGGUGGGAGGCCGUGGUCGAGGUGGAACGGACCUGUCUUCCUGUUGGACUGCAUCAGCAUCAGUUGUCAGAGCCCGAGUCAGAGUGCGGGUCAGGAUGCUAGCCUGUACAGAUCCCGGAUCUCCUGGAGCCGUCAGGGUGCGAUCUUAAGGGCAGCUCAGGGUUUUUGGAUUUUAACUGGGCAAGAGCAGUACGCAUGCUUUUUUCCUCUUUUGUUUUGUUUUUGUGAGCAGGAAAGGCCUCAACCUUUAUUCCACUCCCUUUCUUCCUUUCCUGCACCAAGGGAAACUGAGGAUUUCUCCAAGAAGCCGCUUGUCUAGACUCUUAGAUCGUCGUUUUUUAGCACACUGCCUGCCUGUGAAGCGCACCGAUUGGCCUCAGUGGUCGAGGUCGGAC